AUGGGAGCCAUUAUAUCAUGUGUCGCGACGACUGCCACGUGGUGUUUUUGUUCCGCUCUAAUGUCCCUAUUUGGAGCGUGCUGUGGCAAUGACAAACCAUCUUCAGUCGCACCCGGAGCCUUUUCGGGACGCAAACGAUCCGUCUUUUUGCUCGUAUUUGUGGUGGCCCUCUCCUUUGCCUUUCAAUAUGGUGUUUCUCAAGUCAUGGUCAAUCUAUCACCGGGUGUCAAUUAUGUCACGGAGGCUUGGUGGGGUGGUUGUGAGGAGUUGGAGACGGAACGACUCCAACAACGAUGCAUUGGCAACAAUGGGGUGUACCGAGUGGGAUUCAGUGCAGCUGUCUUCUUUUUGUUGGCAACUGUUGCUGUCUGUGUCAAUCGGACAGCGAAUCGAGUGGCGUGGCCUGCCAAAUACGUUCUCUUUGUCUUUUUGGCGGUGGGCAUGUGCUUUGUACCAAACGAACCCAUCUUUUCUCCCAUUUACUUGAAUAUUGCCCGAGUGGGGGCUGUCGUCUUUGUCAUUAUACAACAAGUCAUUUUUGUGGAUCUUGCACAUAAUUGGAACGAUGGAUGGAUCCUCAAUUCGGACAAGGCGGAAGCGGAAGAAUCCGGAUCUGGCAAAAAGUGGUUGGGCGCCAUUUUGUUUUCAGCUGCCUUUUUGUUUAUCUGUUCGAUCGUUGGUUGGGUACUUUUAUUUCAUUUCUAUGGUGGCUGUCAAUUGAACACGAUCUUCAUUGCGGUUACGGUGGUGCUGUGUAUCCUGAUAACAAUGGCACAACUUUCGGGAGAGGAAGGAAGUUUGUUGGCGAGUGGCAUCAUUACAGCCUACGCCACUUCCCUGUGUUAUACUGCCGUCGCAAGAAACCCCGAGGCACAGUGCAAUCCUUUCCUUGGAGACGAAGAUAUUCUUGGUGUUGUGAUUGGUGUGACGAUUACUUUAAUCAGUUUAGCCUAUACCGGAUGGUCCUAUACUGCAGAUUCGACCUUGGGGAAAUCCAACAAUGAAGACCAACAAGCGGCCGAAGAAGAAGCUGCUGCUGCUUCGAAAGAAGGAGGAAGACCCAAGAUUGGAGGCAUUGUCACUAACGAGGAGAACGGCGAUGGUGAUGAUGAAGUGCGCGAUGACAUUGAUGCUGCUGCUGAUAUUCCUGACACCUUUUCCAAUAAUUGGAAGCUAAAUGUAGUGUUGGGAACUGUGAGUUGCUGGUUCAGUAUGGCAAUCACAGCAUGGGGUUCGAUUGAAGACGAGGGCGAUGCUGCUAAUCCACAAGUGGGAAAAGUCAGUAUGUGGAUUAUCAUUGCGUCACAAUGGCUGUGUUUGACUCUCUACCUUUGGACCCUGGUGGCACCACGAUUGUUACCGGAUCGUGACUUUUCGUAA